AUGAAUGUGGUGAAAGCAAAACUCAGAAAAGACAAAAUAGCUAACUUUGACAGGCUUCCUGAUCGUAACUGUUUCAAACCCAAGACAGAUAAUACAAGACACGAUGUGGACCGUAUUGAAUACAAUGCAACUGCUACUUUUCAAUAUCAGCCCUAUUUGACAACUGCAAAGCCAACAACGACUACGACGAUGUCUCUGUUGGAUAGGCUUCUGAUAAUCUUGAAAUCCGAACUAGAUUCGAGAUCAUUAGAGACAACUACUACACAAAUUACAACUACAACAUCAACGACUGAAGUUCCAGUGUGGAAACUUCUUUUAGAAAAGCUGAGAACUCAAACCCCUACUAAAGACUCCCGAACAAUACAUCCGAAAGAGAUACCAGCAACAGCGGCAGUAACAACUAAUGCUGCACCAGUGUAUCAAGUUUCACCAACACAAGAAACAUUUACCAUCAGACCAAUCACAAGUGAUCUACAAACAAAUCUACCAGAAACAACGACAUUGAUGCGUGCUUCUACUGGAAUAUUCAACAUAAGUAAUGUAUCUGAUGAGAAUCUUCCUAAUGAUAUGAAAGAUCUUGAAGCCUGGUGGAAGAGCUUGUUUCCCACAACCGAGACGCCAGAAACAACGUCUCAGAGACCAGUUACAACGACAAUGAGACCAACACCAACGAACCUAAAGUCAGUGACAACAACACAGAUUCCAACAACGCACAGCCGAUCGACAGACGCACCAAUAACAACAACAACGACACAGAUUCCAACAACAACGCACAGCCGAACGACUGAUGCUACAAUUACAACGACAAUGAAACCAACACCAACGACCCUAAAGUCAACAACAACGACACAGAUUCCAACAACAACGCACAAGUUUUCGACAGACGCAACAAUCACAACAACAACGACACAGAUACCAACAACAACGCACAGCCGAAUGACUGUUGCAGUUACAACAACAACGACACAGAUACCAACAACAACGACAUUGGAAGUACCUUCAACCAAGCCAACUUCCAAAGCCUCCAUACCUCAGCCGUCGCAGCCGUCGGGGUUGACACUCAGUUCGGACCAGAUAUCGUUAUGGUGGAGGAUUGUGAACAAUCAACUUCCGGUAAGAACGACAACCCCUCCGCCUCCUACCACACUUGUCCCCACCACCCCUCAGACAGGGGGCGUGCACGGCUGCACGAAAAUAACAGAUUUUGCAGACAUUUGUUUGACGCAGUCCGGUCGCUUUCGGAACCCGAGUAACUGCAAGUCUUUUUAUGUCUGUGACUGGAGCACACUCCACGCCUGCCUCUGCCCACAGGGAACGCUGUUUGACGAGAGGAUCGGAGUGUGUAACUGGGACACACUUGUACUGUGCUGA